AUGCUGUCAGCAGGAAAAGAAGACGACGAGCUUGAUAUUGGGAUCGCUACUCCAAAGAAGAUAAUCAAGCCAUACAGUAUUUCCUCAAGUCCUGUGGACCAACAGGAGUCUCCGGGCUAUACUCCAAAGUCUGCAGGUUCACGAUCAGAUCGAACAGAUGCUAGUCCUGAUGUUAGACCUAGGCAGUUUAAAGGUAGAUCAUCUCUUGUUUCCCUUGGAUCUAAUGAGUCAACACCCUCAAAGAUCCCAUCUCCCGUAAAACGGCCUACAUCAACCACAACAACACCAAACAGCAAGAUUCAGCCAAUCCCUGUCCAAUACUCGAAGAAUAAUUAUCCUAAUGCAAAUGCUUCGCCAAAACUUCCAGGUCUGUAUCCAUCUUCGAAUGUGUCGCCUGUCUCCUUGUCAAACGCCGCUUCAUCGACUUCGCUUGGCAAUCAACAACCUAGGUCAACUCCCGCUCCAAGGAAUGGAGCCAUUCAAUCAAAUAUAGGCAAAUCAACUACAGUAAAGCCUGCUGCACCAAGUCCGGGUCUUGCACAGCCAACAUCUAGUAGAAUGCCUCAAGCGCAGCAACCAAACAAACCUGUAGUCACAACUUGGAGAACAACCACAUCAACAAGCAUUCCUGUAAAACAGAAUGCUCCUAUUGCUCCACAAAAUCAAUUCCAAGGUGCCAAAUAUUCACCACGGCCACCAGAAAAGUACAUGCCACCUAUGCCAGCCCUCAAGCCUCAGCCCAUAUCUAUACCAUCUAGCUCGUCUUCACUUGUAGCACCGAAACGAGUUGCUCCCACCGCCGUAGCCAGGGCCAUCAUCUCAGGGACCGUAGAAGCUGGAAAGCAACAGGACUUGAGAGCAUUACUCGAAUCGAUACCUGAUGAUGAUCCAGAAAUGAGAGACGAGCUAGUGAUCCCAGAACUAGUUGUGAAGCUGUUGAGGCAUCAAGUUGUGGGUAUCAACUGGAUGAAGGAUCGGGAAGAGAAAUCAAAGGGUGGCAUGUUGUGUGAUGAUAUGGGUCUGGGAAAGACAAUUCAAGCCAUAGGAUUGAUUUGCUCAAACAAGCCAACUUCGCAGAAACGAAGAUCAACGCUGGUCGUCUCACCAUUGUCAGUCAUCAAACAAUGGGAAGAUGAAAUCUUGACGAGAUGCAGACGGGGAGCCUUGGAUGUACUAGUUCAUCAUGGCCCUAGUCGAACCAAGAGUGCAUCUGUGCUCAAGCAAUAUGAUGUGGUUAUCACCACCUAUGACACGGUUUCUGCAGAAUUCUCACAAAAGGCCAGGAAAAAGAAGAAUGACGAUAGCUCGGAUGACAAAGAACCCAACAUAUUCACUGCCGCGCCUGGAAAAGAAUCUGGACCUUUGAUGCAGGUUGAUUGGUUUCGUGUCAUUCUUGAUGAAGGGCAUAACAUAAAAAAUCACAACACUCAACGCGCUAAGGCUUGUUGUGCUCUCAGUGCCGAAAGACGAUUCCUUUUAUCUGGUACACCACUUCAAAACAAUGUCGAUGACUUGUUUUCUAUUCUUAAGUUUUUACGAAUCAAGCCUUGCAACGACUUGACCACCUUCAAAGUUUACAUCAGCAAUCCGUUGAAUCGCGGUCGAUCCAAAGAAGCUCUCCAAAAGGUUCAAGCCAUCUUGAAGGCUAUCAUGCUUCGCCGAAUGAAAACCACUCUUGUCGAUGGAAAACCAUUGCUCAACCUACCAGCUCGUGACGUAAAGCUCACAGCAUACGAGUUGGGAGGUGACGAACGAGAGUACUAUCUCAGUCUCGAAACCAAAAUGCAAAAGAAACUCAAGAAGUAUAUCAAGGCUGGUCAUGUCAAUGCGUCGAACGUUUUAGCGAUGUUGCUACGACUUCGUCUUUGCUGCAACCAUCCGUACUUGGUUGCGUACGAGCCAGAUAACUCAGAAGAUGUGUUGGCUACAGAGAUGAAAAGGGAUGGGAAUAAUGAUGAUGAAGCCGAUGUUGAUGGCCUAGUCAACAUGCUUGGAAACAUGGACGUCAAGACGAAUCAGUGCUCCAUUUGUCUAGAUCCAAUCGAGCCUGAAUCCAAAGACAAGCUUCACUGUUUGGACUGUACUAUACGCUUUGUCUCUCAUCAUGGGAACGAUAGUGGCAGCAAAUCAAAGAAUGGGAAGAAUGCUGCAAUGUUGGCUGAGUUGAGGAGGGCCUGGGUCUCAUCAACCAAGAUUGACGAAUUACUCUCGACUUUGGGUCAAAUUUACCGUGAAGAUGAUUCUUCAAAGACCAUUGUAUUCUCCCAGUUUACGUCCAUGCUUGAUAUUGUUGAGAUUCCUCUUGGAAGUCGUGGUUGGGCCUUUUGUCGCUAUGAUGGAUCUAUGACGUCUCAAGCACGUGAAGACGCUUUAAAGAAGUUCAGGACUGAUCCGAAACGAAGGAUUCUUUUGAUCUCACUUGGUUGUGGUAGUGUUGGUCUGAACUUGACUUGUGCAAACCGUAUCGUACUCCUUGACUUGUGGUGGAAUCCUGCACUUGAACAGCAAGCAAUAGAUCGUGUACAUAGAAUAGGCCAAACUAAGGACGUCCAUGUCGUCAGAAUGACUAUUAAGGAGACUGUUGAGGAACGGAUUCUGGCCUUGCAGGAAAAGAAGCAACAAUUAGUUUCUGCCGUCGAUGGUGUUGGCAAACUCAACAAGACAAAUGUUCAAGAACUCAUAUCCUUGUUUUCAGCUACUCCCAAAGAUGAAGCGGAUGGUGAUGGAGAAUGGGAAGACGGAGAAGAACUUGUAUGUGGAUGA